UACGUCGCGACUGGCCCAGACCAGAAGGCGGUCACUCACACCAUGGGAUCGCAUGUUUCAAACGUGCAUGGAGCGACGACGACUAUAUGGUAUGGAGCAAAGCAGAUCAAAAUUGAGCGUGAAAUCAAAACGCAAGAGAUGCGUUGCCCAUGCGGGUACUCGCAUGUCAACUCUGCGCGUGUAAGGGUGCAUGCUACGAAGGAACACAAAAACAGUGGUCUCAAGACCGCCUUGCUGGCGAGUAGGCAAUCUGCACAACCUAGUGCCUCGUCGUCGCGCACUCGCUCAGUCUCACCGUCCUCCAUCGAGAGCUCAUCACCCACCCGGUCCGUCUCUCCCAUACAGAACUCGGACACUCCGCCGACGUCUCAUACAUCGGGCCGGAAACCCAAAGCAUCCAAGCCCCUUCCUCGCAGGGAGCAGAUUGUGGCGAGCGCAAAGCCACAGCGGACAUCUCUUGGUAUGGCGGAGCAGCGGCUCCUAAAGCCUGUGGCACCUCGGACGACCGCCAUGCACCAACUCUCCGUCUCAGUCCCGAAGUUGCUCACGGAGAAAACCCAGGCAGACAAACAAUCGCGAGGCCAUGCGUCACACAAACAAGCUGUAUCUUCUCAUCGAUCAAGUAUCCUCCCAUCGACGUCGGUGUCCGGUGCCAGCUCCAGCACGUCGCGUAAGGUGUCGAAGACUCCAGCGACCUCAUCUGCCGCUGUAGCUAAGGGGAGUAGCUCAAGUGCAAAUAGGAUCAAGUCUAUCGGAAAGUCUGCUAUCGUCCACCGCACCACGCAGCUGGACGCCCCAUCAACAGGAAGCAAGAGGCCCAGGUCUCCCCAGCUCACAGGCACAAGCGCACAGCCCAAAGCGCGAAAGGUCUCGCACGCCUCCGAAGCUGCCUCUUCCUCUCGCAGGCCCGCAAUCGUUCUGCCCACCGACUCGUCCGACAACGACUCAGUCGCCACAGCCGAGCUGCUCGCUGCGUUCGCUCCCAGGCUCUCCGAGUCUACCCACUGCAAGACGUGCCACCGCGCGCUCGAGCUGCGGGACGGCCGCUACAAGAAUUGCGUGGAGUGCAGGGAGAAGUCGCGUGUGUACCAGCGCAAGUACCACCAGGAGCGUCAGGAGCGCACUGCGCGCGUGAGCUCCCUUCUGUCGCGGUUUGAAACCCCCCCAGGCGUGACCGCGUCGUCCGCGAGCGCGGCCCCCGCACGCGCACAGGCAUCCUCGUCCGAGGCCGGUCCUGAGCCUGUGUCGACCGACGACACGAUGGACGUGGAUGUAGGCGUGAACGUGAAAGUGCAGACACAGAAGCCCCGCCGCGCGCAGGCUAAGGCCUCCGUGCCUAACGUAAACAUCCGACGCGUGUGGGAGAAUGUGCCCGAGUUCCAGACGGAGGAAGCGUUUUUCGAGGCGGUCGAGCAGAGCGUUGUCGAGUGGCGCGAGCGCGAGCCGGGAGAGCGCUUCGAGUUUUGCGGCGGGUACGCGGUCGUGGCAGGCAGGAAGGAUGCGGAUGCGGCGAUCGUUCGAAAGAUAUGCGGGAAGCUCGUCUUGAGGAGUGCGCCGUAAGUGCCUUCUUCCCUUUGUCUACAAGACUUCGAACCGUGUGGUCCGAAUUGGAUGCUGACGGAUGGUCAUGCACAGGAUAUCGAGGUUGUCAUGCUUCACGCGGCUGACCGCCGGUGGGGACGCGCCGGAAGGCAAGGCGUACCACGUAUUGAGCAGCCUGUCGACGGUGUAUACUGUGAGUGUCAGGAUACUCAGGACGAGGAUGGGAAUAGCAACGGCAAGGGGAAGUGUGUCGAGGACGGUUCAAGAUCAUCGUGGAGACGACGAACGAGAUGAACGCGCUCGGUGCGUUUGGGAUGAAUGUUGUUGUGGAGACUUCGCAUGCGUGGUGAUACCUUUGGUAUAGUAGUGAAAGUCGCAGUAGUAUAUUAAAAUGCACGCGUACGAAUUCUUGCGUGAUGUCUGCGAGGUGUCAUCGAUUCAUCACAUAAUCC